AUGUCAUUCAAAUCCGCCCACGUCUUCACGAAACCGCCCACAACUCUCGAUGUGCAGAUCCAAGAGAAGCAGAAGCCGAGCACGCUCGAGCCAGACCAAAUCCUCAUCCGGGUCGUAGUAUCCGGCACGAACCCCAAGGAUUGGAAGUAUCCACUGUUCAUGAAAGGCGCCUCGGGGCUGAACACAGGCGACGACAUCGCAGGCUAUGUCGACGCGAUCGGCAGCAACGUCACGGAGUUCCACGUCGGCGACCGCGUCGGUGCGUUCCACGAGAUGGGCAAGCCGUACGGCAGCUUUGCCGAGUAUGCCGUCGCGUGGGAGAAGACGACCUUCCACCUGCCCAAGAACACCAGCUUCGAGGAAGCCGCCACCAUCCCUCUUGCCGCCAUGACCGCCGUCGUGGGCCUGUACGCCCGCCUCGGCCUCCCCGAGCCAUGGGUGCAAGCGUCCCAAGCAAGAAAAGACGCUCUCGCCGGCGGCGUGGUCGUCUACGGCGCCGCAUCCGCGGUCGGUGCAUUCGCGAUCAAACUGCUGGUCCGCUCGCAGAUCCACCCGAUCAUCGCGGUGGCCGGCCGCGGCAUCCCGUUCGUCGAGGGUCUACUCGACAAAUCCAAGGGCGACGUGGUCAUCGACUACCGCAAAGGCGACGACCAAGUGGUCGCCGGCAUCAAAGCCGCAAUCCCCUCCGGCCAGAAACUGCUGUACGCGUACGACGCCGUCUCGGAGAACGGUUCGUACCAGAAUAUCGUCAAGGCGCUGGAUCCGCAGGGCAACCUGACGGUCGUGCUCCCCGGCAGGAAGUACGAGGAGGUGCCGGCGACGGUGAACCGGACGCUCACGACCGUCGGGUCUGUGCACGGCGUGCCGGACGAUCUCAAGGAUUUGGGCUAUGCUUGGUUCCGCCUGUUUAGUCUGGGGUUGAAGGAGGGGUGGUUCAGUGGGCAUCCGUACGAGGUGGUUCCUGGUGGGCUCAACGGUGUGCAGAAGGGGUUGGAGAAUCUUCGUGACGGGAAGGCUAGCGCUGUCAAGUAUGUGUACAGGAUCGAGGAGACUGAAGGUCUGGGGAAGAGCAAGAUCUAA